AUGAGGUUAUUGAAUUUGUGUAAGUGUGCAUUGCAGAACCUAAGAGAGAAGGGUUGGGAUACUUUGUUGAGUAGGUUGUUUGAGUUUUGUGUUGAUAGACAUAUUUUAGUGCCCAAUAUGGAAGAUAUUGUAGUAGUGAAAGGUCGACCUAGGCGUGUAGCUCAGCAGGUGACUUAUUUUCAUCGCUUUUAUGUUGAUUUGUAUUGUCAUGCGAUAGACUCAAUCUUGCACGAGUUGAAUGAUCGUUUUCUAGAAACAACUACUGAGCUCUUUACUUGCAUUUCAUAUUUAAGUCCAAGAGAUUCAUUUGUAGCUUUUGAUAAGACUAAAUUGCUACGUCUUACUCAGUUUUAUCCUUUGGACUUCAAUAGUGAAGAGCUUUUAUUACUUAGACCUCAACCUGUUAAGUUUCUUUCGCUUGUGAGAAUGGACAAAGCUUUCUUUAAUCUCAAUAGCAUAUCUUGUGUACUUCAGAAGUUGGUUGAAACUGGAAGUUCUUGUUAUUUUCCAUUGGUUUAUAGGCUGCUCACCUUGAGUGAUUUGCGCAACAAAAUGGGAGAUGUCUGGUUGAAUGACAAUUUAGUGGUUUACGUGGAGAAGGCUAUUUUUAAAAAACUUGAGAAUGAGGCAUUAUUGCAACGUUUUCAAAUCAUGAGACCCCGUAGAAUACAGUUGUCUAAGUUUACAGUUACAGAGUAA